AUGAACCGCUACAGCAUUCUCGGUGAUUCAUCAUUCGACACUGACGGAUUCCUCGGUAUCCUGACAUUCCUGACUCCUCUGCGGAUUGCAGCGUUGAGCGAUAAUGUUGACUUGUGUCGGUUCUUAGUCGAGGCAGGUGCGGACGUUUUCGCCAAAUGCGACGAGUCCCGAGCCUCAAUGAUGCACUACGCCGCUUUGAACGCAACAAAUGGACUGGAGCUGAUCGACUUCUUCGGGUUCCUCGGCCUCAAAGCGAAUGUCAAAGAUCGCUUUGGAGAGGAACCGAUCCACUAUGCAAUUAGAGCGAAAAAUAUUGAAAUUGCCAAAGCGCUUUUGCGACGCCGGCAAGAAAACGCGGGUAGAAAUAAUCUCCUGCACUUUUGCGUGAUUGAAAACAAUCUUCGACUGGCCCAAAUCGUGCUCGAGUGCGAAGAGGAGAUGCUGGACCAAUACGGAGAAUCGGGCAAAAACACGAUUCACCUUGCCGCUCGGCACGCCGACCUGCAGAUGUGCAAAUGGCUUGUUGGCAAAGGCGCCAACCUCCAAGCACUGAGCAAGGACGAAUACGAAGACUCUGUCCUGCACAGUGCUGCCUUGAACAAAACGCACGGCUCGCAACUCGUUCCGUACUUUGUUUCCGAACUAGCAUUCGACGUGAACGCAAAAGACAAACUGCUGCUCACGCCGCUCCACUACGCCCUGCAAAACGAAUUUAUUGAUGUUGCAGAGGUUUUGGUGACACUUGGGGCAGACUUGGAUCCAUUACCUGCUGAACGACUCCAAUAUCGGAACGAGGGAUACAUUGUUGACAAUAAUGUUCCUGAUUUCGACUACAUCAAGAUUUUGGCCAUUUACCAAACGUCUUGCAACAUCAACAUAAUUUUCAUCUUCAUAGUCGGCCAGGUGGUCAAGCAAAGUCAACUGUUUGGCCUUCUGGAGAUCAAUGUCUCUGCUGUUGAAGACAAUAUGCUCUAUGUUUGGAGCAUGUUGCUUGGCUGUGUCAAUGACCUGUAA